UUACUUUCAUUUAGUAAUUGAAAUAGUUACACUACUAUUACAUUUUAAAUGGAGUAACUUGUAAUUGUAACGAAUUACAUUUCCAAAGUAAUCUUCCCAACACUGCUGAGCUCCAGUCAGGAAGCGGUUUGGCGGUGAAGGCAGAAGCCGCUGGAGUGGCUGGGCAGCCAGGCGGGAAAUGAGAGUAAGAGGACGGGACAGGUGCUGGACUGCUUCACGCAAAGCCCAGCCUCUCAUGAACAACUACAGCAUCUUCUCAUCCCCAGAUGAAGUCUAACGCCUGACCGCAGCAGGGGUUAAUGUGAAGUGAGGAGAUGCAGGCGGCUAGUUUUUACAGCCGCUGCUGUCCUUUGACUGACUCAUAACCAUGACAUAAGACAAAUGUAACUAUUCAGGUCUUGAAUAUAGUUUUUCUCCUUCUAAGUCCGUGUAAACCACUAAAAGUCUUCGGAAAUCUCAUGGCCAGUGGGUCUGCUGGACAUCAGCCUCUGUGGCAGCUGUUAGUUUGCCUCAUCGUGCCCGAGCAGAGACCUGGAAAUUUCAUUUAUUCCUUUAAACAAGAGGCUUAUUUUAAUAGUGGAGGUUUUCAGGCAUAAUGCCUGGCGGUGUGCUGUGUAUUAGUAAUAUCGUGACUCUGGAGACCUUCAUUACAUUCCAUCCUAAUUCCAGUACUUAAAACCUGCAGUCAAUGCCCUUUGGCUGGACUGUAUGCUGAAACCAUGGCAACGGUAAUGGUUAGGGUUAAGUGACCGCUUACCCUGAAGACUUGCUGGGACCAGGUUCCGUUAAGGUCUUAAGUGCCAUCACAGCCCCGAAUUUAGUACGAUGUUAAUGUGCUGCUAAAGCCCUUGCAGUGAGAGAGUGCCCCCCCCAACCCCCCUACAGCAAUCGAGAUCCCCCCAGGCAGCUCAGGUCACUCUUUUUAACGGUGACUGUCACAUAUGACACCCCGGGAAAUCUGCUCACAGUUUGAGUGCUGCUGUGGUUGUGAUUAAGACAGCCCAUGAUCCUUGUGAACUACAGGUCCCCUUUACCCAAUCAGUGGGCUGGAGAAAGUUCCAGAUCUCUGCACGUUCAUCUCUGCGAGUUUGGAAACGUUCAAACCCCGGUGAGCAAUGAGGGCUACCAAGAACGUCUGUCACGCUUAGAGGGGGACAAGGAGUCCCUUGUCUUGCAGGUCAGUGUGCUCACAGAUCAGGUGGAGGCGCAGGGAGAGAAGAUCAGGGACCUGGAGAGUAACCUGGAGGAGCACCAGCACAAGCUCGACUCCACUGAGGAGAUGCUGCAGCAGGAACUCCUGAGACGAACUUCGCUGGAGACACAGAAAUUGGAUCUUAUGGAUGAGGUUUCCUACCUGAAGCUGAAGCUGGUGGGCAUGGAGGAGCAGCAACAGGGCAAUAGAGAGGACAAGCAGCAGAAAGCAGAGUGUGUAGUCAAUCUGAUUAGCGAGCUCCAGGAGCAGAUGUGUAAGUUUCAGCAGGAGAUCAGUACCAGAAUCCAGGAGAAGCAGGCCCUGGAGGGCCAGGCUGGCCGUAGCGCCGAGGGGCCCCACGCGUGGCCGGUCCAAGGCCCGUGCAGCGCACCUGCUGAGGACCCCAGUCAAAAUAAGGGCGAGAACGGCCUCCUGCAGGAGCUCAGACACCUGAAGAGUAAAGUGGAUGAGCUGGAAGGGGAGAAAUGCCAGUAUGAGAGGAAACUGAAGUCCACCAAGGCUGAAAUCUCAAACCUUCAGCAGCUCCUGGCGGCAAAAGAUGCCGAAAUCGAGGGUCUGCAGAUGCAGCUUCUGUCCCGUGUCCCGGCAUCUGACGACAAUGCAGAGAGAGAUCAGGAGCUGCAGAGACUGAGAAUUGGGAUGGAGGCUCUGCUGGCAGCCAAUGAGGAGAAGGACCGACGCAUCCAGGAGUUGGGCGCCCUUCUAGAACAGUACAGAAAGAUCAAGGAUGACAUGGGCCUCGCUCAAGCCAAUGAGAAGCUGCCAGGUGGCAGUGAGGAGGAUCUCUCCAGAAGCGGGGGGCUGAGGGGUCUCACUCACAGAGCCAGCGUGGAGAUCCUCCGCCUGGAGGUGUCUUCCAGGGGUUCCUCACCGAUCGUGGCCUCCCCAUCUUCUCUUAACUCCAGGAGUACACAGGUGUCUCCAGGGUCUGCAGUGUCCCCUGGGUCUGCAGUGUCACCUGGCAACGCCAGCUGCCCGAACGGACAGUGGACAAAAACACGGAUGCUGUCCUCCAGUCUAGAGGAGCUGCAGUGUGGACCUGUGCAGCUUGCGGCUGGGGAGCCAGUACACUGCGUAUCGCCAGAGAUCCGACAUCCGGAAAGCGGUAAAUUUCAGACACUUCCAGGGAAGCGGUGGCUGGCCGCGCAGAAUGGGAGCAGAGAGACGCCGUCGCCCGCAGCGCCCAGGAAUGACGGCGACCUCAUCCUGAGGAAGACGGAGGCGAGGGCCUCGCCGGACGUCUCAGCCAGCUCGUCUGGCGUGGAUUCGGGCCAGAACUCGCCUGUCUCACCAGAGCAUAGGAAGAACCAGAAGGGAAUCAAGAAGUUCUGGGGAAAGAUCCGGAGGACGCAGUCGGGCAGCCUGCAAAGAGACGAGCUGGAGCCCUCGUCGUUUAGGCGGGGGGGCCUGAGGGCCACAGCAGGACCCCGACUUGCCCGCACCCCCGACAGCGGCAGCUCCAUCCGGGACAAGAACACACCUUUUGUCAAGUGGACCAAGGAGCAGGUGUGCGGAUGGCUGGAGGACGAGGGCCUGGGGCAGUAUGUGAGCCUCACGCGGCUGUGGGUCACCUCGGGACAGACACUGCUAGCAGCCACGCCCCAGGACAUUGAGAAGGAGAUGGGAAUCAAGCAUCCCCUGCACCGCAAGAAGAUCCAGCUGGCCGUGCGCUCCUUCAGCUCCAAGGUGCCAGAGAAGUCGGCAGAGCUGGACCACAUCUGGGUGACACGCUGGCUCGACGACAUCGGCUUGCCCCAGUACAAGGACCAGUUCAACGAGGCGCGAGUGGACGGCAGGAUGCUGCAGUACCUGACGCUGAGCGACCUCCUCUUCCUGAAGGUCACAAGCCUGCUGCAUCACCUGAGCAUAAAGAGCGCCAUCCAUGUGCUGCACAUCAACAAGUUUAACCCGAACUGUCUGCGGCGCCGCCCAGGGGAUGAGAGCAAGAUGUCGCCUUCAGAGGUGAUCCAGUGGUCCAACCACCGCGUGAUGGAGUGGCUGCGCUCGGUGGACCUUGCAGAAUACGCAGCCAACCUGCGAGGUAGCGGCGUGCAUGGAGGGCUGCUGAUCCUGGAGCCACGCUUCAACUCAGACACACUGGCCAUGAUGCUGAACAUCCCACCCCAGAAGACACUGCUGCGGCGCCACCUGGCCACCAACUUCACCACGCUGGUGGGCCCCCAGGCGCAAAUGGAGAAGCGGCAGUGCAUGGGGGCCUCGGGGUACACGCCCCUCACUACCACCGCUAAAGUGCGGCCCAAGAAGCUUGGCUUCUCCACCUUUGGACAUCUCAGGAAGAAGAAGCUGGACGACUCAACAGACUACAUCUGCCCAGCGGACAUGUCGCCGGCGGCGACCAACGGGCCCGUCCUCCCCUAUGCUGGCUUGCGGGGGCUCAGCCCCAUCUUCGACCGCGAUGGUGAGCGGCUGGAGCAGGCCGGACGGAGAAGCUGAUAUACCUCCUCCCAGCGUCCCAUGACGAGAUGGACAGUUUCGUGUUUUACUCUCGCUCUCCAUUAUGUUACCUUGUACUCUGAAUACUUUAUAACCAUGACGUUUCACACAUUUACAUGCCGUACUAUUCCUGUACAAACGUGACGCUCUUUGAUUAUCCUUACUGUUCAAACAGUUGCUGUGUGGUGCCUUGUGCAAUAUUUGCACACUUUGGGAUAUUUAAUAUUUAUGGUCAGUUAUAUAAUGUGAGCCAAUCCUACAUCUCUGGACAAGCUUUUAAGGAGUAUACAUUGUUAUUUUGCUAUAAGAUGGCCAGCAUAUUUUUAUAACCACUUGCUCUCAUAUAAUGCAGUAAUGCAUACUGUUCCAAAGUCAUUGUGAAUAGUAUGUAAACAGGAAGUUACAAUGAUGAAUAAAUGUAAUCUGAGUUCUGAA